AGCGCUGCGCGUGGGGCUGGGUGUCCCAUUGAAAAGGCAGCCGCACUCCGGCCGCCCAGCACUCUCUCACUUCUGGCCAGGGAACGUGGAAGGCGCACCGACAGGGCACCGGCCAGGGAGGGCGAGGGCAAGAAGGAAAUAAGAAAGAAAGGGAGUUAACAAAAUUUAAAAAAACAAAACAAAACAAAAACAGCCUGAGCCACGGCUGGAGAGACCGAGACCCCGGCGCAAGCGAGCGCAGCCCUAGGGGGCGAGGAACGGGAGACUCAGCAGAGCGUGCUCACCACUGACUUUUGCUCCUUCUGCCUUUAAAACAAAACAAAACAAAACAAAAACAACAACAACAAAAAAAAAAAACCAGAAGGCGCGAGCGGCAGGCUCACACGCGAGCGCCACGCGAGGCUCCUGAAGCCAACCCGCGAAGGGAGGAGGGGAGGGAGGAGGAGGAGGAGUGGAGGGAGGAGGAAAAGCGUUUGCACCUUCGCUGCUCCCACCCAAAGAAGUCUCCCCGGGAUUUUGUUUGGGUUUUUUUGUUGUUGUUUUGUUUUUUUAACUUCCCUCCGGGCUGCCUCUUCAUCUCUCCCCUUCUUUCCCUCUCUGUUCGUGCACCCAAGUCCUGUCUGUGUCCCCUCGCGCGCCCGCACCUCGCGUCCCCGCUUGCUCCCCUUCGGCGACUCUUUGGCGGCCGCUGCGCAUGGAGAGCUCUGCCAAGAUGGAGAGCGGCGGCGCCGGCCAGCAGCCGCAGCCGCAACCGCAGCCGCAGCAGCCCUUCCUGCCGCCCGCAGCCUGCUUCUUUGCCACGGCCGCGGCGGCGGCGGCGGCGGCAGCGGCGGCGGCGGCGCAGAGCGCACAGCAGCAGCAGCAGCAGCAGCAACAGCAGCAGCAGCAGCAGCAGCAGCAGCAGCAGCAGCAGCAGCAGGCGCCGCAGCUGAGCCCGGCGGCCGACGGCCAGCCCUCAGGGGGCGGUCACAAGUCAGCGUCCAAGCAAGUCAAGCGACAGCGCUCGUCCUCGCCCGAACUGAUGCGCUGCAAACGCCGGCUCAACUUCAGCGGCUUCGGCUAUAGCCUGCCGCAGCAGCAGCCGGCCGCCGUGGCGCGCCGCAACGAGCGCGAGCGCAACCGCGUCAAACUGGUCAACCUGGGCUUUGCCACGCUCCGGGAGCACGUCCCCAACGGCGCGGCCAACAAGAAGAUGAGCAAGGUGGAGACGCUGCGCUCCGCGGUCGAGUACAUCCGCGCGCUACAGCAGCUGCUGGACGAACACGACGCGGUGAGCGCCGCCUUCCAGGCUGGCGUCCUGUCGCCCACCAUCUCCCCCAACUACUCCAACGACAUGAACUCCAUGGCCGGCUCGCCGGUCUCCUCCUACUCGUCCGACGAGGGCUCUUACGACCCACUCAGCCCCGAGGAGCAAGAGCUGCUCGACUUCACCAACUGGUUCUGAGGGGCUCGGCCUUGUCCCGGCCCCGGUGCGAGUGGACUUUGGAAGCAGUUAUAGGGUCACCGCACAACCUACAUCUUUAGUGCUUUCUUGUCAGCGAUGUUGGAAGGGAGGAAAAAAAAAAGAAAAAAGAAGAGAAGAAGGAAAGAAAAAAAUAAAUUCAGGCAACCAACCGCAAGACCAACUAAGCAGCGCAUGCCUGAGAAGCAAGGCUCUCUCGAAACAGGGAUGCGCUCCAAACUCUAUCUUUGCACUCCCAAUUCUUUACGGAGAUAUGAAGGGUGACUAGGACCUGAGUCAAAGUGCAGAAUGCAGCUUGCGUGCAAAAGCAGUGGGCUCCUGGCGGAAGGGAGCAGCACAGCCCUAGAGAAAACUCCCACCCACCAGUAACAGGCAGAACUGAAAGCACUUGCUAGGGUGCCCUCACCUCCCCGCCCUCUCUGAAAGUGCAGUUCUAAGCCCUGUAGAAAUGGGUUGGUGUCUUUCUUCUCAUUAUCCCCAUCCCAAUAUGCUGUGGACAUUUGUCUGCAGUGAAAUUAUGCUAUACUCAGUCCUUUGAAACCCAGAUCCUCCCCGGGGGGGGGGGCUCCCCAAACCCCAUUUCCUCACACCAUCUUUUCUACCAUUUUCAUCAUAGAAUGCUUCCAAUCUUUUGUGAAUUUUUUUAUUAUAAGAAAAAUCUAUUUGUAUCUAUCCUAACCAGUUUGGGGAUAUAUUAAGAUAUUUUUGUACAUAAGAGAGAAA